AUGGAAUGGUUUGUGUUGAAGGGACCUCAAAGCCCAUCCAGUCCCACCCCCUGCCAUGGGCAGGGACACCUCACACUGGAUCAAAGCCCCAUCCAACCUGGCCUUGAACACCUCCAGGGACGGGGCAGCCACCACUGCUCUGGGCAACCUGGGCCAGGGCCUCCCCACCCUCACAGCAAAACAUUUCUACCUAAGAUCUCAUCUCCAUCUCUCCUCUUUCAGCUAAAAGUCAUCCCCCUCAUCCCAUCCCUGCACUCCCUGAUCCAGAGCCCCUCCCCAGCUUUCCUGGAGCCCCUUUCAGUACCAGAAGCUGCUCUAAAGCCUCCCCAGAGCCUUCUCUUCUCCAGGCUGAACAACCCCAACUCUCGGUCUCUCCUUGUAUGGGAGGUGCUCCAGCCCUCGGAUCAUCUCCAUGGCCUCCUCUGGACUCGCUCCAACAGCUCCGUGUCCUUCCUCUUUCGAGGACUCCAGAACUGGACACAGGGCUCCAGGUGGGGGGCUCACAAGAGCAGAGCAGAGGGGCAGCAUCCCCUCCUUCACCUGCUGGUCCCACUGCUAUGGAUGCAGCGCAGGACACGGGUGCGCCCACUGCCGGCUCACGUUGAGCUUCUCCUCCCCCAGCACCCCAAGCCCUUCCUCUCGGGCCUCUCCCGGCCCGUUCCCCGCCCAGCCCGGCCCCGAGCCCUCGCCGUCCCCGCGCCGCCGCCAGGAGCGCUGCUGCCCCCCAAGAUGGCGGCGAGGCCGCUGCGGGGUGGUGCGCGGCGGCCUGGCCCGGGCUUGGCGGGGCGCGCGGCGCUGGCGGCGCUGGCGGCGCUGGCAUGGCUGCAGGCGGCGCGCGCCGCGGGCAGUCCCACUGCCUCAUUGCAGCCAUACCCGCCGUCCCGGCACGGCCCACGACACCCACACCGCCACGUGCGAGACUGCCAGCCCCUCCACUAUGGCAAUGCCACGCACGAGGCCUGGCCAGGCGACACCACAGGCAGUGGCCCAGUGGCCACCACCAGGACCUUUGUCUCCUACCUCCCCCUGCAUGGCCAAGACCGCCGCGCUGUGUAUGGGCACUUCACAUUUGUGCGGGAUCCGCUGCGUACACUGUCAGUGCUGGAGCCCGGCGGUGCGGGCGGCUGCCAGCAGCACCGCAGGGCACCAGUGGAGCAAACCGCUAGGCUCAGGGGGUGCUUGGUGGCCCAGAAUGGCGGGUACUUCGACAUGGAGACUGGGGAGUGCCUCGGGAACGUGGUGAGCGACGGCACCCUGGUCAAAAACUCCGGAGGGCUGCAGAAUGCUCAGUUCGGCAUCCAGAAGGAUGGUACCAUGGUGUUUGGUUACCUGUCAGAGGAAGAUGUCUUGGAUCAAGCAAACCCUUUUGUUCAGCUCGUGAGCGGGGUAGUUUGGCUCCUAAGAGAUGGGGAAGUGUACGUCAAUCACAGUCGAACAGCUGAAUGUGAUGAAAUUCAAACCACAGGAACCUUUGACAGGUUCAUCAAUGUGAUAUCAGCCAGGACGGCGGUGGGACACGACAGGCAGGGGCGUCUGGUCCUGGUUCAUGUGGAUGGACAGACUGAAUCCAGAGGGGUCACCCUCUGGGAAAUGGCUGAAUUUCUGAAGCAGCAGGGAAUUGUCAAUGCCAUCAACCUCGAUGGAGGAGGAUCUGCAACGCUGGUCUUAAACGGGACCCUCGCCAGCUACCCUUCUGAGCACUGCUCCUUUGACAACAUGUGGCGCUGCCCACGGAGCAUCUCGACCAUCUUGUGUGUCCAUGAGCCUGCCUGUGAGCCUGUGGACUGCAACGGCCAUGGAGACUGCAUAGAUGGCGAGUGCCACUGCACUGGCAGCUUCUGGAGCGGCCCAGCCUGUGAUGUACUGGACUGCGGCCCAGCCAACUGCAGCCAGCACGGUGUCUGCACCAGCGCUGGAUGCUUCUGUGAUGCCGGCUGGAUGGGCAGCAACUGCAGUGAAGCUUGUGUGAGUGGGUUUUAUGGGGCCGCGUGCACCCAGAAAUGCCAGUGCCAGAACGGUGGCCUAUGUGAUCCUAUGCAUGGAGCCUGCUCCUGCCCGGCAGGGUACUACGGCACCAGCUGCGAGCAUGAGUGUCCCAUGGGCUGGUACGGGACAGGCUGCCAGAACCAAUGUGCCUGUGAACACCUGUGUCCCUGCGACCGGCGGACAGGCAGCUGUAACACCAGCGCCGAUGCGGCAGUGCAGGAGCAGUUAAACACAGCUGGGCAGUGUUUGGCUUCCCAGAACAAGGGAAGGAAUGAAGACAAGUUCUCUCUGUCACAAAACACCUGGAUCUUCCUGACUUCUGUCCUGGCUCUGCUCCUGGUGCUCAGCGCCAUGGGGAACAUUGGCUUCUUCCUGCAGGCCAGAUUGGUGCAGCGCCGGAGGAGCGGUUCCUAUCUCUAUGAGCCACUAAGGGAGCUGAACGGGGAGGCCACCCACACCUUCACUGCUGCUGCCUGUGAGGCAGAGGAUGUUCAGCACCAGAGCCAGGCACUUAUCCAGAGUCCCGGCUGAGCAGAGAGGGAGGUUCUGCGUGGGCUGCUCCUGGGGUGCCACAGCCUGGAGUCAUCCCACCCAGGGAAGGGAAGAGAGCCAAGCUUGGCCAGGCCAGCGCGAGCUGAGCGAGCUGCAGGGCUAGGCUUAGCAUGCUGUGCCCUUGUCCACAAGUCCCUGCCAUAGCCCUUGCUCACAGUGGCUGAACUGCCCUGUCCUCGCUGCAGGGAUUGCCAACCAGCUGCCAGCCCUCCAAUCUGGAACAGCAGCUGGAAAUCAGGUGUUUUAUCUUCAAAAACAACCACUGGACCCCAAAGGUACCAAGUUUGUUUCCAUGUGAGGGAGAGCUGGCCUUUACCGUGCUGUUGUAAUGCUGCUGGGCAGGGGUUAAAGCCUGACUGGGCCUGAAUACAAACACUUCUACCACUGGUCUUUCUUUCUUAGAGUAAUAUUUGUACCGCUGUUGGUGUCAAAUCAGCCUGUAAAUGGAAGAUUCUAUUUUUCUAUUAUUGAGAGAUAACUCUUUGAAACUUGAAUAAAGCCUGUUACUAAUAACUGCCU